UUAAUGUACCCCACCCCUAAUGAAAUGUUCAACUUGAAACUCUUCAAUUUCAAUGCUUCUGCCUAUGUUGUCAAGCAGAAUACUACAAAUAUUUUGAGAAUUUCAUAGAUGCGGUUCAAUGCACCAUAAUAUGCUUGUUGGCCUUGACAUUCCUUGUUUUUCAACAUAUAACAAAUGCAUACACUAUUUAACGGCACCCUUUGAUGCUUUGCAUCAAUGGUCUUUCUUGUUCGAGACUGAAAUGUAAUUUAUAAUUUAAAUGUGAUUUUAUAGCUCAAAUAAUUGUACAUGGAACGGAUUGUUUUUACUAUUUUUGAAAAGUCAAAUUCCGAUAAAAAAAAAAUAGAUGGAUGAAUAGAAUUCCUUAUCAUUCACAACAGUAGUGCACUGUACUUGUUCAACUGUUGGUCUUACAUAACACUUUCUUAUCUAAAGAUAUAUACAUCUGCAAAUGUGUGUCCAGUCGUUAAUCAUUGAACACAGAAUGACCUUAACUCAAUAUUUAACUGUUAGUAGGUUAAUGUAUUGGAGUGAGUACUAUAUGUAUAUAAGUGUUUAACAUGGACGUUCUAGGCAGCAUACAGGAGGUACUGCGGUGUCUCACAAUCUUUUUACUCAUGCAACAAGUUGAAUCUGCGGGCCCGGUGUGCAUGUCAUGUAGCCGACUGCCUCUGCCCUCCGACUGUUCGCACGUGAUCUCGUGUGGGGGCUAUCAGUCGUGUCUCACCAGGCAGUUUGUGUCACCCAGUGGUACCAUCUUCUUCGACACCGGCUGUUUUGAUACCGCGAAAUGUGGAACUAAAAGAUCAACUUCGUCAAACGACACGUUUCAUGCCGAUGCAUAUGACGUCAGCGGGGACGUUAUCACGUGUGUUGAAUGUUGCCAGGACAACUACUGCAAUAUUAAAGGAUGUGGCUCAACCCCCCCAGUACCCCUGAACGUGCGUGGGCCGCUCUGUUUUCGAUGUGACACAACAGAGAGCCCGGAUGGGUGUGAAACUGUGACCACGUGCGGAAAAGACCAGGUGUGUUAUAUCGAGUCUUAUAUCAACCCGCUCAACGGCCAGGAACGCUACAGGAGCGGCUGUAGGUCCGUCUCGAUGUGUGGCGGAAGUGUGAUCAAUGACAGCAGCACAUCGGAGAUGCCCUGUGACAGCUGCUGCUCCUGGGACUUCUGUAACAGAGGGCAGAUCAAGUCAAAUCCAACAAACCUACCUCAAACCCCGGGCUGUCAAACGUACACCGGUACGUGCCAGGACUUCCCUGGAUGUUCCAGUCCAUACCUUGGACAGUUUAUAUGUGAGGACACCGAUAUGCUUGGGGGUAAAUUCUGUCCUGCCCUGUGUCGAUGUUGUGAAACGUGCAGGUUGCUUCUUUGAUUGUCCGUUCAGUAUUUGCUGUUUAAUGAAAAAUAAAAUAUACAAACUGG